CAUCGUAACCAUCUGUGGCCAGAAUUGCAAAGACAGGAUUACGAUCUUUUUUGGGGCACGGUCCAUGCCCUUUACGCGAACGGUCUGGAUCACUUAACUAGGAGCUUCAUCCGUACUAACUGAAAACCCGAGUAAAGCAUUCAUAUCCUCGGGUGGAGGAUCCUAUAAUUCCUCGUGUCUGAGAUCGUUGGCCGUUGGUCGGUUUUCUUCCCGUCCGCAGCAUUCGUACAAUAAAUAAUGACCCCACCUCCUUCUGUCUCAGCUCUGAAAUGGAGGAAUCCGAAAGGAACCAUAAAAAUCCGGAAGAGACGAAUCCGACGGUGAUUCGAUCGAUCCGACAUUCCACAUUUCACACCUUGACGGCCAUGAUUGUCUGGCUCGGGUCCAUCCACCUUAACAUCAUCCUCGCUCUCUUGUUGAUCUUGCUAUUCCCCAAUACGUCUGCUUUCUGGAUAUUAGGGCUUUUGAUUCUGGUAUUGGUAGUUCCCACCAGCGAUAGAAGCAGAUUAGGGCAAGCAAUUGCAAGGUAUGUGGGCAAGUAUGCACCUGGAUAUUUCCCUGUUACUGUUCACAUAGAGGAUGCAAAGUUAUUUGACCGAGACAAAGCAUACAUCCUUGUUGCUGAGCCACACUCAAUUUUUCCGAUUGGCUAUCUUUCUCUUCUGAACAUCACAGGCCUAAUGCCUUUGUCCAAGACAAAAGCCCUUGCAAGUACUGCUGUAUUUUACACACCAUUUCUCCGGCAAAUAGGGAUAUGGUUGGGACUCGUCCCUGCUACAAAGAAGAACUUUGUAAAGUACUUGGAAGCUGGUUAUAGUUGUAUUCUUAUUCCAGGUGGAGUCCAAGAGAUAAUUUAUAUGAACCGUGAAUUUGAGGUUGCGUUUCUUAAGAAAAGAUUUGGGUUUGUACGUGUUUCCAUUGAAACAGGCGCACCUUUAGUCCCCGUCUUUUGCUUUGGUCAGAGUGAUGUUUACAGUUGGUGGAAGCCGGACGGGAAAUUGUACCAUCGUAUUGCCAGAGCCAUCCGGUUUGCCCCAUUAAUUUUUUGGGGAGGCUUUGGAUCGCCAAUUCCCUACUGUCGGCCAAUUCAAGUUGUAGUGGGGAGACCAAUUGAGAUCAAGCAGAAUCCCUGUCCCUCCAAUGAAGAGGUUGCUGAAGUUCAUGCACGCUUUGUUUCGGCCUUUCAUAAGCUAUUUUUAAGAUAUAGAGAGAUCACUGGAUGUGCUGAUACCCAGAUUAGGAUUAUGUGAGAGCUGCCAG